AAAUGGAAGUUAGAAAAAUCAAAAUGAUUAUCACAUGUGAUGAUGGAAAUGAAAGAAUACUUGAGAAAGUGAUAAAAGAAAUUCCAAAGUCUGAAGAAAUGUUUGCUGGAGAAACACAUAUAACUUUCGACAAAAUAUCCUUAGGAUCUAUUAUAAUUAUUCUUCAAACAGAGUCACCCUACACAAAAGAAAGAUUAAAAUAUUUCAUCGAAAAAGAAGGAAUAUCGACGUUUUUGAAACAUCUGUUUAAAGCAAGGGAUAUUCGAAAAAUUCUGACCAGAGAAAAGUAUACCAUAGAAGUUAAGAUCAGCGAAGCACAAGACGAAACAGAACAAAUCACUGAUGUUUUAAAAUCAGCGAAAACGUCUGUAAUAACGUACAGGUCGCGUUUGGAAAGAUGCCACAGUUUUCUUAUGGAAGAGCUAGAGCCGCGAUGCUUGCUAAAAGACCACAAAGUUGCUGACAUUUUUGGUCCCGUUUUAGAGAAGAUGAACCAACCAAAUUUGAGAACUACAAAAGUUAAUGCAUUCUUGGAAUAUCUCAAAAAUCAACCAGAGGAGAAAAUUCAGAUCGUCUUAGAAAAACUGAGAGAAAAAAACAAAUACAUUUAUGACCAGCUAUUUCCAGACACAACGAAAUAUCAAGAUAUUGGUAAAAUAUACGGAAUAUUUCUUUGA